AUGGAUUGUGCUCACCAUUUUGUUGGUGACAAAUUGUUUGAAGUGGAUGCUCCUAAUGCCAAGCAGUUUGUUGUAGACUUGGGGAAAAAGACUUGUGGUUGUAGACAAUGGGAAAUGAUUGGUAUCCCAUGUGCCCAUGCAGUUUGUGCUAUAUUAUUUGAUUGUGGGGACCUUGAGGAUUAUGUCGAUGAAUACUACAGUUUAGAGAGGUACAAAAAAGUAUAUGCCCCACUUAUAUACCCUAUGCCUAGUGAGGAACAAUGGGUUCGUACUGAAGGGCAUGACAUAUUGGAACCUCCAAGAGCAAGAGUAGCCCCAGGUAGACCCAGGAAGUUAAGAAGGAGGAGUCCUGAUGAUAGUUGA